UGUGCUUAGCUGUGAUUUGGUCACAGCUAAUCACAUGACAUGUGCAUGUGAUUGGCUGUGACCAUUCACAGCUAGGCACUAGUAUACAAUGGAUGGCAUGAAUGAAGACAUCCAUUGUAUACAACUGUCAUGUGACCUGCUGUGAUUGGUCACAGCAGGUCACAUGGUACCAGCAACGGGGCUGGUACUCAGAUCUGUCAUCGGCCCGUGUCCGAGGUACAUGGCCGGUCCCGUCCGACGAUCGGUGUUUCACUGUGUCCGGAGGACACAGCGGGCACCGGAUCGCAGUACUGCGUGCUAUAAACGGCCACCCGACCCUGCAGUGCCACUGUCCGGCCGUUUAUAUACAACGGCCGGUCGGGAAGUGGUUA